GGAAACUUCCUUCCUUUCCUUUUGCUAAUCCCUCCUCUAGAGGCGCUUUUAAUGCAAAACCAGGAUAAACUAGUCAGCUGUUAUCAGCUGGGGCCACUUGGAAAAGUUUAUUUUUAAGCUGUAAUGAAGCUGUGUGCCAGAUGUCACGAUUACCACUCUUCUCAGCUGAUAAUUUGUUUAUUUACUUACAGGCAUGAGGGACUGCUGCAUACUUAGAGGCAAUGCUCACACCUUGAGUUUGCUAGUCCUUCAUUAGAUCUGAGGGUAGUAUGAACACUGUCCAGUACACAAUUUUCAGUACAAUGAGCAGCCACUGCAUUAGUAUUUAGGUAUUACAUUAGAAAUUAAAUCAGUUGAUACUUUGAUGAGAAUUUUAAUUCUUCCAGCUUGGUUCUCAAAGUUGUUGUAAGGCUAUAUAGUGUGAAAUGUGAGGGCAGAACGCUGGUCAGAGACUCAGAACAGCAUCUUAUGAUUCUCAGAGAAUUUUUAUUUAAGAGAAUACAUGAGGAAUGAGGUCUGCUGGUCCCAGGGAGUUGGAGGAAUGUUAAGAACCUAAAUUACUUUGUAUCCUGAAGCAGGUCAGAGUCUUCCUGGCUGCUGCUCAGUCUGGGUGAAAUAGUUCAACUGAGGUGAAUUGGAACUGCUGACCUGCUGCAGAUACACACGUCUUCAGGACUUGCUGUGUUUUGGCAACUGUUUUAUUCUGGUCUAUCUCUGUGGAACAUCCUUAUAGCCUUAUCAGGCUAAGUUUCUAGGAAGGUCAGAAGUAGGUUUGUUUUGGUUUUUUUCCUUAUGAUAUACCUUUUUUUUCUCAUAGGGAAACCCAUUACAGAUGUUUUCUGCAAAUAUGAGCCCUAUAGUCAGAUGCUUCGGUGCUGUCUUGCUCUUGUUGCUUGUCAUGAUACAAUGUCCUAGGAGGAAUGUCUGAAAGAGAUAACAUAAAGAAGGAAACAUCUCACAAAAUGUGACUCUCUGUACUCCAUGUUUCACAGAAGUGGCAGCUCACCCUAACCGAACUCUAGUCUGUCAGAUGGGAAGCCCAUCCUUGCAUAAGAACACAAGGCUAAUUCCUGAGCAUCCUCAUAAGAGCCUUUUUCAUGUCAUUAAUAGUACAUGGUGCUCAAGUAGGUUUUUUUCUUGCCUCAAGUAAUGCUUCAUCUGCUUUGUCUUUUUGUCCUGUUUUCCACUGUACAGUUGUCUGUGUACACACGAAAGCUUACCAAAUAUUAGCACUAAUGUAUAUACUAUGCAUAUAUUAACAUAAACAUAUGCCUAGAAUAUUAUUUAGACAUCACACCUACUGCAGGCUGAUACAAAAUCAUGGUUUUCUUUGUGCUAAAGCAGUGUGUGUGUAAGAGGGCUGUGCUCAAAGGUAGAUGCUUGAAAUUCCCUGCUGCUGGGUUUUUGUUUGGUAGAGUCUCAAUUAGAAUUAAUUCUCCAAGUCUGGAUCUUUUGGACAUCUACUGUGCUCUAGUGAACCCAUUAUUUCAGCUGCUGGAAGGAGCUUUGCAGUCAGUGAUUCUCAUUUGUAGACCAUUUUCUCAUUCUGCAUUUUUCUCAGACUGACAAACUUUACAGUACUAUUUUUUCUUGUCACACUAAUUUGUAUGACAUGAAGGAAUUCAGUCUACCUUUUUAAACAGUCUUGUACUUCCUCCAUUUUUAUUAAUCCUUUGACAUGUUUAUUGGCUUUAUGAGGUGUAUUAGUCUUCUGCUCUGUAUGAAGAGAACAUUCCAUAGGAGUUAACUAAAUAACUGGAAUUCCUGCAGUAUUCCUACAGAAAUUUAGAUGUGGAUGCUGCCACUUCCUUAAAAAAGGCAUGAAGUGGUUGACAGCAUUUUUUUACAAGGCUGUUCUGCUUUACAUUGGAAGGAUAACUGUUCACCAACUUUCCUUUAAAUAGAACAGUGAAGGUGUGAAGCCUCAGUAAACAGCUGUACCAGAUGCAGCAAAACACCCUUUGAUUUCUGUGUGUUUUCAAAUAUCCCAAGAAAGUGUAAUGGAGUCAAAUAAACUUCACCUUCUCUAUCCCACAGUUGGUAUGAGUCACAUAAAUGGAAGAGUUUGGGUGCUUAUUUGACCUCCUGAAUUAGUGCUUCUAAUACUGUGUUCACCUAAUUUAGACCAAGUUACGAGAACAUUUAACAGUGAAAUGUUAUGAAAUGUCCAGUAAUUACUGGAUGUUGCUAGUAUAACUUUUCCAGUAAAGGGUAGAAGAUAGAAUGGUAAUGAAAAAAAACCUUUUUCCUAAUCUAAGGAAAAUAGCUCCAGAUUUGUCUAAUAAGUGUCUAAUAGUGGAAAAGAAGAACGGGCAUUGUCAAACAGUCACCUCUUGGGCUAUAACACAAGACCAGGUUAUGAUAAUUGUCUUGAGUAAAUGGGAUCUGUGAGAAAAUAAUGUUUUUUCAGCUCCUCUUGUGCUGUUUUCAGACAGUGUUGCAUCUGAAGCUGUACUAUAAAACAGAAAAGAUCACAGCUACCUAGGUAUUUUCAGGACGGUUUUCACUAAUACUGAUUUCAAAAGUAAGGGAGCUAAUGAUGACAUUCUCCAAUACGGAUCAGAACUUCCCCAUUCCUUUUUAAAAAAGGGAUGGAAAGGUUGGACUUUUUUCAACAUGGCCUCGCAUUGAUAUUCCUGUCAGAUGGAACAAAGACAGGGAAGUUGCUGGUAUCAAUGUUGUUCUGAUUCUCUGUGGACUUUUAUAUUGCAAAAGGUGGUAGCAUUUGUCUAUGGUUUGAAAAGCUUGCUCUGAAGAAAAAAGCAGUUCCAUCAUUCCUACUUUGCCUUUUAAGUUUAGUUUUGCUUUCUUGGGAACACUGAGAAGUGUUAAAAAAAAAAUAACUGCUUAACAUAGGCUAGAACAAGAGGGCCAUUCUGUAAUUAAGAGUGCUGGAUUUGUAUUCAUUCACACUAAUCUAAUUGUUACUUUCUUUGAAUGCCCUGCUGUGAGUCAAAAUAAGCUAGUGCUGGAUUUGAGAACCACAGAAUGAGAAAAUGGUGCAAGGAGGAGCACUGGAUGGAGUCUACAGGCUGGUGCAGUUUCACAUUCACUGGGGAUCCUGUGAUGGCCAGGGAUCUGAGCACACUGUGGAUGGUGUGAAGUAUGAUGCAGAGCUCCAUAUUGUUCACUGGAAUGUAAAAUAUGGUAAAUUUGCUGAAGCUGUGAAGCAUCCUGAUGGUUUAGCGGUGGUGGGCAUCUUCAUGAAGGUGGGAAAUGCCAAGCCUGAGAUGCAGAAGGUUGUGGAUGCUCUGAGCUCCAUUCAAACCAAGGGAAAGCAAGCUUCCUUUACAAAUUUUGACCCCACUGGACUCCUUCCUGCAUGCAGAGACUACUGGACAUACCCUGGCUCACUGACAACUCCACCACUGCUUGAAUGUGUGAUCUGGCACGUUCUGAAGGAGCCCAUCACUGUGAGCUCUGAGCAGAUGUGCAAACUCCGUGGCCUUUGCUUCAACGCUGAGAAUGAGCCCGUGUGCCAUAUGGUGGACAACUGGCGCCCGUGUCAGCCUUUGAAGAGCAGAGAAGUCAGAGCCUCCUUCCAGUAACCUCAGUGCUGAGAGUGUUAGGAAUUGCUGUGUUCGUGAGGAGCCCCUUUUGCUAAGCCCAAAUCAAACUUUGCCGUGUGUGCCCAGGCAACAUCUUGUCUCCCAGAUCCAUUUACUUUCUUUUGCUCUGCGUCUGAAAUGCCAGCUAUUGAAACGUGAAAGGCUCUUGGCUGAAUGGGAAAGGGUUCUUAAGGUGUGGGGUUGGGGGAGGCAGGGGGUGGGUGGCUGUGUGCAUUUUGGUGACUAUUACUGCGACUGACACUUUGGUAUAACAGUAAGUUGGCCACUUGGGAGAGGAUAUGGUGGUAGCAAAAUAAGCCAUUUUAAGAAACCUCAUCUACUGGUGUGAUAGUACACGUAACUAACGAUAACUUGAAGCUUUGUAAGAAGCGCAGGAAUACAGAAUCUAGCUAUAAUUUAGAGAAAAAUGUAUUUUGAGAAAGUUAAGCAAAAUGAAUAUUUAGAAUUAGACUACUUAGAUUUUAAGAAACUGACAUGUAAAUAUUUUUGAGACUAUUUUGCAUUUUUACCCGUGCUGUCAACAGCCUUAGUUACGUCUUAAUGGUAGUGUUGGGUUUUUUAAUUAAAAAUGUUCUAAAUUAAAUGUUUUCUUUAAAAGUUAUUACCAUAGAAAUAAUACAAAAUAUCUUUUCAUUGAAAUAAUAUAUGUUCUAAUUUAAAAAGGAAAAUAAUAUUGUAUUUUAGAUAACUUCUCUAAUAAAUCUAUACUUCUA